AUGUCUUCCGUAAACGCGAGCAAUGGUUCCACUUAUCAUCAACCACUUCCAUCCAUGUCCUCUCAAUCUAAUAACCCUGAUGCUCAUCAUCUUGCCGCUAUUAACGCGCACAAUAAGCAAGUGAUGCAUUUGAGCAGCCUUACUUCUCAAAAUCCUCACCCUAGCAACAUUAAAUCCUUACUAUCCCCACCUGAAUCCCCUGAUAUGGCAUCCUCCUACCAACAAUCACCCUUUGAUUCUUACGUAGCUCAGCAAGUUUCAAGACAAGAGGAAAGAUACAACAUUCCUCAAGCAUCUGAACAAUGCAGUUGCUGUGCUAACAAGUCCUAUUCAAUGAUGAACUCUUACGACCAACAACCCGUUGUAAAUUACAAUCCUUAUAUACAGCAGGUUCAAAGGUAUCCUUCAUUCCCCUCAACCCUUCAACCGAAUCCAACCUCUCAUUAUGAUCGUAAAUCAACUAUAUCCGCUCAUUCGCUUCCACGAUUAAAUACUACUAUCUUGGGUUUGCCAACUCCUAAACAUUAUACUCACAAGAACUUUUCAGUGCAAUUAUCACCAAAUGAUUCUUCAAGUGGAAAUAGGUAUCAAUGCCCAUAUUGUUCAAAGAGAUUUUCACGCCCGAGUUCACUUCGAAUCCACACUUACUCACAUACAGGUGAAAAGCCAUUUGUAUGUACCGAACCGGGUUGUGGAAGGAAAUUCUCUGUACAAAGCAAUAUGCGACGACAUCUUAGAGUUCAUCGAUUGGGAAGACCUGUCAAGAAAACUAGAUACGAUGGCGAAGUAGAAGGCGUAAAAAUAUUGAGUCCUACAUCGAUGCUUCGAGGUUAUUAA